GUGCGGUCCCUUUCGUCCUCUGCUUCCCUUCCUUCUCCCCCCGAGCCCCUGAGGGGCUGCCCCUGGGCCCCGUGUGGCCCCGGUGAGGCCGGGCUCUAUCCCCGUGUCCCCUCAGAGGCGCUGCUUGCCGGCCACCAUGUUUGUGCUGGUGGAGAUGACUGACACGGUGAGGAUCCCCCCCUGGCAGUUUGAAAGGAAACUGAACGAAUCCAUUGCUGAAGAGCUAAACAAGAAAUUGGCCAAUAAGGUUGUAUACAAUGUUGGUCUUUGCAUCUGUUUGUAUGAUAUUACAAAACUGGAAGAUUCAUACAUAUUCCCUGGAGAUGGUGCAUCACACACUAAAGUGCAUUUCCGCUACGUGGUCUUCCAUCCCUUCCUGGAUGAGAUUCUGGUCGGAGAGAUUAAAAGCUGCAGUCAGGAUGGUGUUCACGUUUCUAUUGGAUUCUUUGAUGAUAUUGUCAUCCCACCAGAAUCCCUGCAGCAGCCAGCUAAGUUCGAUGAGGCAGAGCAGGUGUGGGUGUGGGAAUAUGAGACAGAAGAAGGGGCCCACGACCUUUACAUGGACAUCGGGGAGGAGAUCCGCUUCCGAGUUGUGGAUGAGACGUUCGUCGAUACAUCUCCCACGGGCCCGAGCUCUGCAGAGGCUUCCACUUCAAGCGCCACAGAAGAAGUCCAGAAGAAGGAGGCACCCUACACUCUUGUGGGGUCGAUCAGCGAACCAGGCCUGGGCCUCCUGUCAUGGUGGACGAACAGCUAGCUGCAGUCAGAGCCUGCUCUGCUGCAAGUCUUUCUGGUGGAUAUUUGGGGGAUUACGGGAUCCUGCUGGUGCUCACUGCUCCUUUGAAGCUGAACGGGAAAUCAGAGCUGCCAUCCUCUGUUUUCCCGUCAGCUUCCAACCUGCCAGAUCAAGACAGUCGCUUUCAAGAAAUGCCUUCACUGAUCCGUGGAAGUGAAUUUGCAAGGACAAAAAGGCCUGAGCCCAGCAGCCACAAACCCAGCUGGGGCUUUGGUCUCCUGCCCUGGAGGGAAAACUGGGGAGGUCCUUACUCGUCUGAGCUAAGAAGGGAGUUGGACUUCUGUGAGUGAAAGCAGGAGAGAAUGGAAAGAAGCAUCGCUUCCUUGGGCUGACAGCUUGAUCUCAGAGGGGCAGAGUCCGGCCCUUUUUACAGGAGCUGGCGGAGAAACCCCAAAAGACUGGCGCUGAGAGGUGUGGUGCUCUGGAGACUGGAAAGUGCUGCUGCCGGCAAAGCUGUGGUAACGUUCUGCUGAGAGUGGGAACUCAAUGCGCGGAUUAAGUCUGCCAAAGAGAACUGGAAUGAAAUUAGUUUACCCCAAAGUAACUCGGGCAUUAUGCAGAUGACCACUGCGGAAAGCUACAGGCUGCUUGUUGUGGUGAAGGGAAAUGCUGUAUCAGGCGGGCUGUAUUUGUGUAGAAGGGGCUCAACGUUGCUGGAGUUCGAAAAUACAUAAUUACGAACUAAAAUGGACCAAUGUUAUUUUAAGCAAGUUAAAUACAUUUGUGGGAGUGUGUUAAUACCAGAAAUGGAAUAAAUAGUAAAAAACCCCA